AUGAUUACGUUGUUGUGUUGGUACUGUGCAGUACAAGGUAUUAUCGUCAAUGGUCUCGUGCCUUCAUCGAUCUCUUCAAUAGAACGUCGGUUCAAACUUAGCACUAGCACUAUGGGUCGCAUCGUUCAGUUUUAUGACUUUGGAUACGUCUUAUUUUGUAUACCUGUGUCUUACUUUGGCGGACGGCAUAGCAAGCCUGCCGUACUUGGUGCUGGUGUUGCUCUAAUUUGUAUUGGUAGUCUUUUGUUUUCCACGCCUCAUAUGCUAGCAGAUAGUUAUUCGGCUAAUCAAGAUCAUAAAUCGUUUGGCGCUUGUUCCAUCAGAACUCUGUGGAAUUCCUCGGACGAAGAUUCAUCGGCAUUCAGCGCCAGCUGUGCGGCACAAAAACAGAACCAGGUGCUCUUCCUUGUCUAA